UUCAGAUGUCUCCUUAAAUGAUGCCUCGAUAUAAAACCCCCACGCUCAAUGAUCAGACACGCAACAACCAUUAGAGAUAGACCUUCCACUGACUUUUCCCUCACCUUUCAAGCAUCCAUCACAGUCACAGCGGUCGCACUUCGUCCCAUCGUCCAUAAUCCAAGAAUAGCCUACCAAUCGACUCCUGUCCAACUUCCCCUCACGGGUGGGGAGAUCCAGGGACCGUUGGAGGCGCUUCAGCAGGGAUGUCAAGUUCAAAGUCGCACUGCCGAGACCGGGAGGAGGAUUGAGUUCAUCCCAAAUCGAGGGGUUUCGACGAUCAUGGCGACAUCCAUGUUUCAACGCUUGAUCCUAUAAUUAAAAGGCGCAUCGCGAGGCAUUCUUCAAGAUGCAGACCGUUGUGUUGCAUAGGGCUGAGGGUUCAAGGCUGGACGAUUAUGCCUCGAUGGGUUGCAUUGCAUUGCAGUGAACCAUUGCCACUAUCUUGAAGCAAAUGGCGCUUAUUGAUGCCCAAGUGUACACUGCAUUACCUUGAUGGUUGUCCGUCAAGUCUUCGGUCAAGUCACUUUGUGUCGCCUUUUCGCCAUGUGCGGCACGACAACCCAGGACUCUUCGACGGUUGCUGAUGUUAGACCCGUGUUGCUGACAUGCCCGAUUACAGCCGGAGCUAAAGAUGACAAAGUCCUGCAGAUCUACCGGCAUUGAUGCAGCUUAUACGAACGCGAGACAUCUGCCAUUCUGCCAAUCACUCCUCGCAUUGCCGUUGGGUCUUGGGUGAACCUCAACCGAUCCUACCACAGUAUACCUCUACCGUCCAUUGACCUCACAUUGCAUAUCACAUGGAACGGCCGAUACAUGUCGUUGGUUCAUAUCAUUGACAUUAACUCAUUAAGCCAUCAUGGCUAAUAAUACACAUCGCUCCAUCCCGUCCGCACAGCAGACAUUUAAGCGCGCUCACUCGCAACCUGCUCAGCCUUAACAGGUUCUCUAUCCUCCGCACCCGCAUAAUCCACCGCGUUCUCACCACCCUUUCCACGAUAGUUCGUAGGAUGAUCCCGGUCCGCACCCAUAUCAUGGAUAGGAUCAGAGGGGUUCGCACCAACACCCGUAAGACCAGAACGAUCCUUCUUCUCCCGACCGUGGAGCUCCUGGCUAGUCUGCCCAGCGGCAGGCUUUCCUAGACCGGUGUGCACAUCAGCGGACGUGGCACCCCCGAGAGUCGCGGAGGCAGAUACGGCGCCCGAGGCACCGGGGGCUUGGGCGGGGAUUUCGGUCUCGGGGUUGGGCUGGAAGGUAUUCUCGGGGGGAGCUGUGCCGGCGGGAUGUUGCUCGGCGUGGAACUCGGGGACAGCGUCGUUGCCAACGAGAACUCCGGGCUUGUGCUGGCAAAUAGGGAGCGACCUUGCUUCGGAACUCACCCUGUUGGGGAGUAGCAGACUCGGGGUUCAUAGACAUGAUGAUUGUGUUGUUUGAGGUGUUUGAAGAUGGGUAUUCAAUUAAGCCUUUGUAGGAUCUUUGUGUAUGAUCACAGAAGAGUUAUGAGAAUGAAGAGGAUGAAAGUCAUGUCUUACACGCUGUAAGGCUACAUAUAAAGCAUCGUGAUGCC